UGGUGCCGGGAAGCGUGUCCCAGUGGCAGUGUUGUCUCGCCGCGCAGUACCAUACUUUAGCAAUACCCACCUCUCUUUUACUUUCCGCCGUAACACGCAUACACACUAUGAGCACCGUGAUGUAUGUCCUUACACUGGUGCUGCUAGUGGUGAGCGUAGAGGAGGCUGGGACGGUAGGGCAGGCGGCGGCUGGGCCGUGCCUUGAAUACAUGGCGUGUUACCACGAGCAGUACCUGGACUACAGUCACAUGGAUAUCCUGCACUACGACGUGCUUCACCGCACCGCCUCGUCUUGCCUUCCUCUAUGUCUGGAGGCACGGCCCACCAGCCAGGUCGUCAUGGCAAAGAUGGUGGAGCUUAACGAGCGGCUCGUGUGCGGCUGUGGCGGCAACCAGGCGUUAGGCAACGGUACGGGAAGCGUGCGGGACUGGAUCGGCUGUGAUCGCUGCCCCGAGGGAGAGGAGAAAAGGGAGAAAUGCGGCGGGCGAAUGACCAUCAGCGUGUACCGCGUUGAGCACAGAGGGGAGUGCCGGCCAGGCCUGCACCCGGGGCCACUUAUCUCCACUUCUUCCACCACCACCACCACCACCACCACCACCACCACCACUACCACUACCAUCCCUACAACAGACUCCAGUCAGACUCAGCAAGGGACAAAAACAGCAUCAAAACUUAAGUUUCUGGGUUGCAUUAAAACAGGUUCAGUCAAGCAGAACGUGUCGUGGUCCUUCCUUCCCCGCACAAACCGCGAGGCUGACCACUGCUUCGCCACAUGCCCGAGAAAGUACAUCUUCUUAAGGGUCACUGAAACCAAUAUCCUCUGUGGCUGCGGGGCAUCAGAGCACAUCAGCGGCCCAGUCAGUGAGACGGAGUGCGGGAACGCCCCUAACCCUCACCUCGGGAGCGACCAGGCCUUCGCUGUGUAUAAGGCAGGGGCGACGCGGUGCCCUCUGCCCUCCCUCCUGUAUCUGGCGGCGGCGGCGGCGCUGAUGGCGCUGGUGGUGCAUUAGUGUGUAUGAUGAGGAGUCAAGCUUUCAGGUGAGGGAAGUGAAUUCUUAGAAGGUGGAGGAAAGGAAGGUUAACGUUGCUGUGACUGGAGCUUGCAUGUAUCUUGCUGUUUUGCUAUUACUAUUACUACUACUACUACUACUACUACUACUACUACUACUACUACUACUACUACUUUACUUAUUUUUUAGGCUUACUUUCUCUAUCGAUCGAGUAUAUCAAAAUGUAUACGAAAUAUUCAAUCGAUGGAGAAAAUAACCAAAAUGUGUAUGAAUAUCAAUGAUAAUCAUA